AUGGUUUCUUUCUUUUUUUCGUUUUUUUUUUCAUUUGUUCUUUCUUUCUUUAUUUCUUUCAUUCAUUGUUUAUGUUCUUUUUUCUCUCUUUAUUCAUUUAUCCAUUUCUUUCUUUCUUUCUUUUUUCUUUCUUUUUCUUUCUUUCUUUCUUUCUUUUUUUUCUUUCUUUCUUUGUCCAUCUUCCUUUUUCUGUCUUUCUUCACUUUUCAAUUUUUUCUUUCUUUCUUAUUUCUAUCUUUCUUUCUUUGCCCAUUUUCUUUUUUAUAUCUUUACUCUUUUUUCCAAUGUUUUCUUUCUUUGUUUUCUUUCUUUUUUCUUUCUUCCUUUAAAUUGGUUCUUUCUUUCUUUCUACAUGUUCUUUUAUCUCUUUCUACUUUUUUCAACUUUUCCUUUUUCUUUCUUUCUUUCUUUCUUUCUUUCUUUCUGUCUUUUUCUUGGUUCUUUCUUUCUUUUUUCUUUCUUUCUACAUGUUCAUUUAUAUCUUUCUUCUUUUUUCCAACUUUUCCUUUUUCUUUCUUUCUGUCUUUCUUUCUUUCUUUUUUUCUUUCUUUCUUUUUCUUGGUUCUUUCUUUCUUUCUUUUUUCUUUCUUUCUACAUGUUCAUUUAUCUCUUUCUUCUUUUUUUCCAAUUUUCCUUUUUCUUUCUUUCUUUCUUAGUCUUUGUCUUUGUUUUUCUAUUUCUCUCUUGCUUUUGUUCUUUCAUAAUUCAAUAACGUUUCCUCGCUUAAUUCUGUUCUUGCAUUUUCUCUCUAUUCUUUAA